AUGCGUGGCAUUAAAGGUGUUUUCUGUGUCCUUCUCUCCUCCACUACCCUCGCUUCUGGAGCCUGGAAACCCCCAUUUAGCACUUUGAGUCGUUGGAUUGUCGACUCUAAUGGGAACAAUGUCACUUACGCAGGAGCAAACUGGCCUGGGGCCGCCGAAGUGAUGAUUCCUGAGGGCAUGCAGUAUGCAUCUAUUGAAUCGACCGUGUCCAAGCUGAAAAGCUUGGGUAUGAACGUGGUUCGCUUGACCUUUGCGAUCGAGUUGGUCGACGAUAUUCUGGACAACGGUGGCGAUGUGACAGUGAGCAAAUCAUUGAUUAACGCCUUAGGGAGUGCAAAUGGAACAACGAUAUUCCAAGGAAUCCAAAAGGCAAACCCACAAAUCAAUGAGAAUACUACCAGACUUGAGGUCUAUGACAUGGUUGCUGAGGAAUGUGCCAAACAAGGCAUAUUCGUCCAUUUAGAUAACCACAUUUCUAAGGCCAUGUGGUGUUGCUCGACGGAUGAUGGCAAUGGCUGGUUUGGCGACACCUAUUUCGAUGUUGACAAGUGGAAGAGAGGACUAUCGUAUAUGGUGUCUCACGCCGCCUCCUGGAGCUCAUUUGUGAGCAUCGGUCUACGCAAUGAGCUGCGUCAGCCUACUACAGUAAAUGCCAGCUAUCCAUACAACUGGGAGACAUGGUACGCACAGAUGAUCGGCGCAGCCUCUGUUGUUAAUUCAGCUAAUUCCGAUGCCCUCAUCUUCCUCGGUGGGAUAGACUAUGACACAACACUCAGCCCAAUUCCAACGGGUAAUGACCUUGGUGAUGGAAGAGAAUUUCAUCUGUCAGAUUUUAAUUUCUCGAACAAACUCGUUCUAGAAAUUCACAACUACGAUUCAUCCACAACAAGCUGUGAUUCUCUGUCUGAAAGUCUGCUUACCGAUGGGUUCGACGCGCUGGAAACUUCAAACUCAUCGAUUGUCAAUGUUAUGCCUGUCGUAAUGACAGAAUUCGGUUUUCUGCAGGACGAUACGACUUGGCAGGGUGUGUAUGCCUCGUGUUUGAGAACGUGGCUUCCGUUGGUGAAAGCUGGAUGGAUUACAUGGGUUCUAGCUGGCAGUUAUUACAUUAGGGAGGGCAUCCAGGAUGCCGAUGAGACAUGGGGCCUUUUGAAUCAUGCCUGGACUGACUGGAGGUCCCAAGACGCAGUGGAGAAUGGCAUGGCAGUAAUGGUGAACAGUUCACUUGCUUGACUCUCGUCUCUUCUACCAGAAGAGCAGUAUUUCUAACCUCCAGAUUCUAUUCAUGGAAGGCAGCCAUUUCUUGUAGCUCGGAUGUGUAACAUGAUAGAUAAUGUUGCAAAGGAUAUUUAAUCAACUGAAUAAAAAACUUGUACGUUUUCGCUUCGUAUGUGCAUACCUUUGGUU